GCCGCGCGCCGGGCCGGGCUCAGAGCGGUCAGGACCGGUCCUGUCCUGUCUUGUCCCGUCCCGGCCUGCCUUGCGCGGAGUGGCUACCGCGGGGACCGAGCGGGCGAGUGCCCGCAUCUCCGGCUGGACCAGCAGCAGAGGGGAGACCGCCCCCCCCCGCCGCCCCCCGUUGGCCUUGCUCCCCCGGGGGGGCCUCACUGUGAAGCUGCAUCAUGUCUGACCGGAAGGCUGUCAUCAAGAAUGCGGACAUGUCUGAGGACAUGCAGCAAGAUGCAGUGGACUGCGCGACGCAGGCCAUGGAGAAGUACAACAUAGAGAAAGACAUCGCUGCCUACAUCAAGAAGGAAUUUGACAAGAAAUACAACCCCACCUGGCACUGCAUCGUGGGGCGGAAUUUUGGUAGCUACGUCACGCACGAGACCAAGCACUUCAUCUAUUUUUACUUGGGUCAAGUGGCCAUCCUCCUCUUCAAGUCCGGCUAGGGCCGGGGGCGCCAGGCGGAGCUGGGACUGAAAAGCACCGAUGGCGAGCGCCCGGAUUCCCUUUCCAAUGGCUCUGCUACUGCAUGGACUGUAUACUCGACUUCAUGUGUAUAUGUUGCAGUAAAAAAAAAAAAAAAAAUACCCACUUCUGUUUAGUUGCCCGGGGAAAGAGGCUGCUUUGGUUUAUUUAAGUUUUUCCCCUUUGGUUGUAUUGCACUAGAAAAACCUCUCUCUCGGAAACGAACCGGGCGCGCUUCCGAAACGAAACAACCCAGGGCCUUUGGAAAAAAGGGGGAUAAAACUGUGCAGCAGUUGUCCCUCCCUGGGGCAGAUCCCCGGCUGUGGGAUUCUUGGCCUUGGUGUCCGCCCCGGGGCUGGCCUCCCUUCCUCCCCCUGGGGCAGGGGAUGGGCCGGCUCAGGGCUUGUUUAGGGGGCAGGGGUGAGGCAGACAGCAGGCCGUGGGGGAAGAGUGGAAACCCCAUCCAUGUCCCCCCUGCUUCCCCCAAACUGGUUGGGUAGGAGUGGCUCCCUUGGUGUUACCAGACCGAGACUGUUUUCCCUGACGCUAGCCUGUGCUCCGUGGGCGGGGAGAGGGGAUGGGUCUCCUGCUUUCCCAGCUCUUCCUGGUGACCCCCACAGAGGUGGCGGAUCUGGCUCUGACCAGGGCUCCCCGGCUGGCCAUUAGGGCCUGACGUCGUGGCGUCCUGCCCUUCGGACGCCAGUGACCGGGUGGCCGGCCCGAGGCGGGGGGCACCGUCUCUUUAGUCUGAACCUGGUCAGCCUGGAUGUCCCCGUGGACCGCAGGCUUGUGGUCAUCUUGCCAGCCUACGGGACCCUUCCUCGAACCUACCUGACGCGGAGGAUUCCCCAGAGGGCUCUAAGGUGUGGUCGGGGAUCCUGGAUGUGGGUUGGGAUGGGGGUGUGUGAUGUAAAUGGGCAGCGGGCUGGCCUCCCCAUUGCUCCCUGGCCUGUGGCAGAGCCCGGGGGCCUGGUUUGGAGGGGAUUGAAGGCGGGGAGGGGCCCCGGGAGGUGGAGGGGUGUGUCGGGGUGACAGGCUGUUGGCCCCCUUGUCAAGGGGAGACGCCGCUGAGCUGCGAUGUCAUGAAUCUCGUUCCAAAAUACCAUGUGUGUGGGCUAGGGAGGGGUGGGAGGCGGGGCGUGAGGAGUUCUGGGGGAAGGGUGGCCUUGCUCCUUCCUACCAAGCCCUUGGCCAAAGCGAGGGGGGAGGAAGGGAGGGCAUGGUGGCCACCCUGCUCCCCGCUCAAAGACGCCCGGGUGUGUGUGUGUGUACGUGUGGGGGGGGUGUCCAUCCUGUGUUCCUUGUGCUGCAAAUGCCCCUCGUGGGAAUCUGCCUGUGACUAAGCCACGUUGGCAACAUGUGUCCUUGAUCUCAGUCUCAUAUUUUUUUUUUUUAAGAACAUUUAAAACUGUUCUCCGCCCAGUAUGGCUAGCGUGAGCCAGAAUGGAAACAUUUCUUUCCUCUCCCUCGGGAGCAGGGCAGCUUGUUCUCAUCCCCCCUUGUUCCGCCGCGGCCCUCUCUUGUGGACAUUAAAGGUGGAUUGAUGCA